AUGCCGACAUGGUUGAAUGUUGCAGAGAAGCCAAGCGUUGCGAAGGAGUUAUCGUUAGUUUUGUCCAACGGUACCUGCAGGAUGGGCAACUCCCUCUCCCGCUUCAACCCCGUUUUCGAGUUUGACUUUGAGGGGAAGCAGAUGCUCUGCACCUCCGUUGCUGGGCACUUGAUGAACGACGAGUUCCCGCCGGAGACAAGGAGUUGGCAGAACUACCCGCUCGUCAAUCUGUUCACCGCCAGCAUCACGAAGCACGUGAAGCCGGAGAUGGAGCCGGUGAAGAAGAACUUGGAGGCGCUCGGCAGGCGGUCCUCAAAUUUGGUGCUGUGGAUGGAUUGCGACCGCGAGGGGGAAAAUAUUUGUUUUGAGGUGAUGCAGGUGGUUCAGGGGGUCAACAGGAGCAUCAGCAUCUUCCGGGCACAUUUCUCCGCGCUGACGAGACGGGAUUUAUUAUCGGCGGUGCGGAGCCUCAAGGCACCGAACAAAGCCCUCUCAGACGCGGUGGAGGCACGACAAGAAAUUGACCUGCGCAUUGGCGCCGUCUUCUCGCGCUUUCAGACCAUCAAAUUCCGUGAUGCAUUUAGCGGGAUGCCACGUGUACUCAGCUUUGGGCCGUGCCAGAUCCCGACGCUCGGGUUUGUCGUUCGCCGCCACCGGGAGCGGGAGGGAUUUGUGCAGGAGGACUUUUUUACUUUGGUGAUGCGUCACGGGCAAACUGUCUUCCACGGCUGCCGGGGGUCUGUAUUUGAUCAGCUCGCAGCAACACUCGUGUUGGAGACGAUGUUGGAGUCGGCCGGCCCAAACGCCGAGGCGCUGGUCGUGGAUGUCGUGCGACGGCCCACCAGACGACAUCCGCCUGUUCCACUGGCCACCGUUGCGCUGCAGAAGCUGGCAGCCACGCAUUUGCAUAUUUCAUCGGAGCAAUGCAUGACGUGGGCAGAGUCCUUGUACCAGGAGGGAUUCAUCUCUUAUCCCCGCACAGAGACAGAUUCCUUCUCUUUUACGGACGAUGAGCUUAGGGAGAUUGCGGGGGUGCAGCGCGAGAACCCGGAGGUUGCAGACUACGUGGGUGCCAUGUUGGACGAUUCCUCACACAAGUUUCGUCGGCCUCUCAAGGGUGGUCACGACGACAAGGCGCAUCCCCCCAUCUACCCGACCAAAUUGAUGCGGGCCAAGCACGACAACAGGAGCGCGCUGUACAAUCUCAUUGUCCGGCAUUUUCUUGCCUGUCUCUCGCCAGAUGCGGUGGCUGCCACGACGGCUGUGACUGCAGUGUUCGGAGAAGAGAAAUUCACAACUUCUGGCACGGCGAUUCUUGAGAAGGGAUGGCUCGAGGUGUACCCGUAUGAACGAUGGCACAGUACCUGCCUACCGGCCUACCAGCAGGGCGAACGUUUUGUUCCGAAGGAUAUUAGUCUUGAAAAGCAUCGAACAACACCCCCACCGCACCUCACUGAGACAGCUCUUAUUGCCCUCAUGGAUGAGCACGGCAUUGGGACCGAUGCCACGAUAGCACAGCACAUCAAAACCGUUCUUGAUAGGGGGUAUGUGAAGCGUGAAGGUUCUUUUUUGGUCCCUACCGCUUUGGGUAUCGCACUGGCCUCGGCGUACGAGGUGAUUGGACUCUUGAGUCUUCUUCAGCCACAGUUGCGAGCACAAAUGGAGCUUGCCAUGUCCGAUAUUGUCUCGGGGAAGGCCAGUAAAGCACAAGUGGUCGAUGCCGCGGUUAAACUUUAUACUGAGGUCUUCCAGAAGUUGUCUUUGGGAAGUAAGGAGAUGUAUGAGGAGUUGUGCUGUCAUCUUUCUCCCGCUGCACCACAGACGUCAGGUACACAUGCGUAUGGCACAGGUCGCAUUGAAAAGCGUCGAUUGGUGCACUGUGGGGUCUGUAAGAAUCCUAUGGAUCUCAUCGAGCAAACAGAGGGUGAACGUGACACUUGGUGUGUGCGUUGUCAUACAUGUCUUAAGGACUACCGAGUACCAAAUGGCCGCCUUAAUCAGUUAAGUUCAUGUGGACAGUCGUGUAUCCUUUGUGGCUUUGGUGUCCUUGAAAUUCGAAAUACAGAGAAGCAGACUUCAUACACGGUAUGUCCGUACUGUUUUACAUCGCCGCCUCCCGGCACUGACAUGGAGUCUUUUACAGGGUUUCGUUGUUUUCAGUGUCUUGCCGACUGCCCGUUGGCGAAGGGAAUUGAAAGUGUGGCUAUCGCGCGGUGUAGUGCGUGCAAACAGAAUGAUAUUCGUUUGUGCACCGGCUCAAGAGGAGCCUUCUUGAGUUGUCGUGGCUUUCCUGGUUGCACUUUUUCUGUGACCCUCCCGUGGGCGAAGGGAGUUCGUCCAACUCCGACGAUGCGUUGCGCAUCGUGUCAGGCUGUUAUGCUCCAGUUUAAUUUUGGUGGUAUGCCGAGUGUCCCCGGCCUGGAGGAGGGUGAUUGCGUGUGUGUCUUCUGCGAUGGCCGUUUGCAGGACUACAUCUCGGUGAAGGGAGGGUUUACGCGGGACAAUGACCAUACAGCAGAUCGUGAGCAUGCGAACCAACAACAGCAACAACCACAACAAGAGCAUCCGGCACCCUACAGUUUGCCUUCUUUAAGAGGAAGGGAGGCAAAUAACCGGAGUAAACCGGCGAAGGGGAGCGCUACCGGCACCUUGUGUGAGUGUGGUGUACCCGCGAAGCAGCUGGUGUCGAGGAAGGAAGUCUCUAAGGGAAAGCGAUUUCUCACAUGUGCUGCUCGAAAGUGUUCUUUUUUCCAGUGGCUAGAUUGA